CCCCCACCUCUGCACCCUGUUCAUAUCAUCACAAUUCCCAUCUCUCCCUCCUCAAUCUUCAUGGAUUUCGAAUUUCAAGAAUCCGACAUAGUUUUCACCGAUCAAGAUAAAGCAACGAUGGAUCGGAGCAGCGAUGAGGACAAGCACGAUUACUACAGUUUUUGCGAUACAAUGGUGGCGCAGAUUCACGACAACUCGUGGGCACAUGGCAAAUCAAAAAAGAAGAAGGUCAAGAAGAAGAAGAUGACAAAUUCGCAGCCGGUUGAUAUCCCAGAAAUUUUCAUCCGGUCCCCAGAAUCUGAUUACACAUUCAAGGAAGGUGAUGAUGAAGGGAAGGUCGUGCCGCCGCACUUGAUCGUCGGGCGGCGCAUGGCUGCAAGGAUGGCAUCAUCGGUGUGCUUUAGCCAUGGGAGGACGCUUAAGGGGAGAUAUUUGAGUAAAGUGCGGAAUUCAAUUCUUAGAAUGACCGGCUUUUUGGAGCCAUUAUAAGGUCACUUUUGGAGAUUUCAUUAU